AUGCAUCAAAGAAGAUCAGCCAAUUAUAGGCCUAACCUUUGGAAAUACGAUUUCCUCCAGUCACUUAACAACAGCUACGACCUCAAAGAAGGAACUAAAGAACAGGUGGAACGGCUGGUGGAGGAAGUAAAACCAACAUUAUCAGAAGCAGUCAAUUCACUCCUCAAGUUGGAGUUGAUUGACAAGAUGAAAAAAUUAGGGUUGUCUAACCUUUUCGGUAAUGAAAUUAAAGAAGUUCUUCAAACAGUUGCAUCCACCAACAAUGGUGUUUUCAACAUGGAAGAUCAUCUCUAUGCCAGUGCACUUCAAUUUAGACUCCUCAGACAGCAUGGCCAUGUUGUUUCACAAGAUGCAUUAAGGAGCUUCAGAGACGGAAGGAACACAUUGAGCGGAAGCAACUGUGGAGACGUUGAAGCUAUGAUAGAGCUUCUCGAGGCUUCAUAUCUGGCUAUGGAAGGCGAAAACAUUUUGGAGGAAGCGAAAGCCUUCUCAACUGGGAUUCUCCAAGAGAGAGUCUCUGGUUUGGACGGUCAGCUCUUGAAGCGUGCCGUCCACGCUUUGGAGCUUCCGAUGCAUUGGAGGGUCCAGUGGUUCGACAUCAAAUGGCAAAUCGACUUGUAUGAGCAACAGGAGGACAAGCAAAGUAGUCUGCUUCAGCUUGCCAAGCUCAAUUUCAACAUUGUCCAAGCCACACACCAAAGAGAUCUUAGAGAUAUAUCCAGGUGGUGGAGGGAUCUGGGACUUAUCGAACAUGUGGACUUCGCAAGGGAUCGGCUGGUCGAAAGUUUCUUUUGUGCCCUUGGCCUCUCUCAAGAACCACAGUUCAGCUCUUUUCGAAAAUCUCUCACCAAGGUCAUCAUAUUGAUACUGGUGAUCGACGAUCUCUACGACCUUUAUGGUUCGUUGGAGGAGCUAGAAUGUUUCACUGACGCCAUUACCAGAUGGGACUUAGAGCAGAUUCAACAGCUUCCCGAGUGCAUCAAGGUCUGUUUCCAAGCACUUCGCGAUGUUACGUAUGAGAUUGCUCAUGAAAUUGGCAAGGAUGAAGAUUGGCAUCAAGUGGCUGAAAGAGAAAGAGGAGAUGCUCCAUCCUCAGUGGCGUGUUACAUGCGAGAAGCAAAUGUGUCAGAGGACAUUGCCCGGAAGCACAUCACGAUAUUGAUAAACCAAGCAUGGAAUAGCAUUAAUGCUCAUUGCUUUGGCAAUGCCGAGAAGCCGUUUCUCCGACCCUUCAUCAAUGUCACCGUGAAUGCGGCUCGUGUUGUGCAUAUGCUUUACCAGUUUGGAGAUGGGUUUGCCAUCCCGGACGGCGACAUUCAGCGGCAAAUUCUAUCUAUUGUGAUCAAGCCUCUCGCUCUCGACUGA